UUCCGCCCCACCAGACCAUCACCACCACCCUCCGGCUGCUACUUUUGCCGUCUCCACCGCCCUUCUCCAAAGCCCCAACCGACUGCCGCGUUCCCUCCCAAACGCAUCCCCUCCUCUCCUCCAGUGACAGCCUCCUUCCUAAGCCUGCGCCUCCUCGGGCUCCCCCCCUCCAGCCCGUGCCACUGCACUUGCUGUGCCGACCCGAGCUGCGGUCGAGUGAGUGAGUAAUGGAGCCGCGGCGGCGGCGGCCACCGAGGCUGCCGCUCCAUGUGCUCUUCUUGGUUGCCGCUGCUUGGCCGCUCGGGAGCUCAGCAGGGACUGGAAGCUUUGGAGUUGGUGCUGAGAGCAAUGGAGCUUCGUCUAGUUUUAGGAAUUCAAGGAGACUGCAGCAGAUUGGAGACAGAAACGAAGAUGGCCUAUUUCAUCUCCCACAUCCACGGACUCUCACGCACAAGAGCAGAUCUCAUAGAAGAGUUCCAGCACCAGCACCAGCACCAGCAUCUGCUCCAGCACCAUCACCAUCCAUGUCGUCACCAGAAGGCUCACCGUCUCCAUCACCACAUGGUUCACAAUCAAUGCCACGUCAAUCAACUUCGCAUCGUCAUCCAUCCGUGGCCCCUCCACAUUUGGUCAGGCCUGAGCCUAGGCAAGAUGAAAAUGAUCCAAUAGUUGAUACUCCACCUCAUUCUCGUCAUAAGAAUUCCUGGACAACCUAUGGUUUAGUUGCAGCGGGGAUUGCUGUUUUCCUUUUGGUAUCAGCAGCUAGUAUUCUCUGCUUCCGAGCUAAGAAAAUGGGAACUGUGAGGCCAUGGGCGACAGGUCUAAGUGGACAAUUGCAGAAAGCUUUUGUAACUGGUGUACCUUCGCUGAAACGAUCAGAGUUGGAAACGGCAUGCGAGGAUUUCAGCAAUAUAAUUGGCUCUACCUCUACCUGCAUGCUGUACAAGGGAACUUUAUCUAGUGGAGUUGAAAUUGCAGUGGCUUCAAGCUUGGUAACAUCUGCAAAGGAUUGGUCGAAAGAAAAUGAAUCACAGUACAGGAAAAAGAUCACGAGCUUGUCCAAAGUAAGUCACAAAAAUUUUAUGAACUUGCUUGGCUACUGUGAGGAAGAGCAUCCCUUUACCAGGGUGAUGGUAUUUGAAUAUGCUCCAAAUGGGACACUUUUUGAGCAUCUCCAUGUCAGGGAAGCAGAGAAGCUUGACUGGAUGGCACGGCUCAGGAUAUCCAUGGGCAUUGCUUACUGUCUUGAGCACAUGCAUCAGCUGAAAACACCACUUGUGCUGAGGAACUUUGACUCAACUACAGUAUACCUUACUGAUGACUUCGCUGCAAAAGUCUCAGAUCUUGAAUUUUGGAAUGAUGCAAAGGGAUAUAAUUCAACCAACAAUGAACUGGCUUUCUCCCUGGACCUGGAGAACAUUGUGCACAAGUACGGCAUGGUGUUGCUGGAGAUAUUGACAGGAAAAGUUCCUUGUUCUGAGGAUGAUGGGCCACUGGAAAACUGGGCGUCUCGCUAUUUUGAAGGUGAGAUGCGUCUUGAGGAGUUGAUUGACUCUAGCAUCGGUUUCUUCCCCGAAGACACUGCACGUGCCCUUUGUGAGGUUGUAAGAUCCUGCAUUGAUCGGGAUCCAAAGAAGAGACCGCAGAUGCAAGAGGUUGCAGCUCGGAUGAGAGAGAUCACCGCGUUGGGGCCUGAUGGGGCGACUCCGAAGGUGUCACCGCUCUGGUGGGCUGAGCUUGAGAUCAUGUCUUCUGAGAGCUGAGUUUGGACGCAUGCCAGAUGAUAUUGUUUCUCCUAGUGUGACUGAGAAUUCUUUGAGCUAUUGGUUGCUGCUAAUCUUGUUUGUGGAAUUGGUGAUUAGGUAGAAGAAGUUGAGAAUUUGUUAUGUGUGCAAAAUUGCAUAUAGGGAGUGGUAUUGUACUUGUACAUGUCAGGAAGGUUAACAUUACAACAUACUGAUAUGCAGGCAUUCUAGCCGAGUGAGCAAUAGAAAGCAUGUGUGGCUUGUUUUUGCUGCAAUAGCUCUUUUGUCAAGCAAUUGGUACUGGUAUCGCCUUAAUCUAUUGAGGUUGAAAUAGCAAA